UCCAACCUGCGCGCAGUGUCACGGGCGUUCUGUGCUAGCUGCCCUAAAAACAGCUACAUUAACUUUUUUUCUCAUAGUGACAUUAAGUAAAAGUGUGUGCUUUUCAUAUCUGGAUUCAAACAUCACAUCAACUUUCUCAGUAAGUGAGGAAUGGCGGCGAUGUCGAGCACUCCUCUGCUCUUGGCGAACACGAUGCUGUCGAGCAAACUGCAGGACCAUGACGACCUCCGAUAUGCUGAACCUAGGAAACCCAACAGAGAUUAUGAGUGGCAAGUGGUGUGGAGAAACGUGUUAGCGUUUGUAUACUUACACGUUUCUGCUAUCUACGGCUUAUAUCUGAUGUUCACUGGCAAAGUCAAGUUGUACACCAUUCUGUUCGGAGCAUUGUUCGCGAUCAUGUCAGGAAUGGGCGUGACGGCCGGGGCUCACCGACUGUGGGCGCAUCGCUCGUACAAGGCGCGCUGGCCACUACGAGUGUUCCUCGCGCUGAUGCAGACCAUGGCUUUCCAGAACCACAUCUAUGAAUGGGUGCGAGAUCACAGAGUUCACCACAAGUUCACGGAGACUGAUGCGGAUCCUCACAACGCGAAGCGAGGUUUCUUCUUCUCGCACAUCGGCUGGCUGAUGGUGCGCAAACACAAGGAUGUGUUUGAGAAGGGCGCCACCGUCGACAUGUCCGACUUGGAGAAAGACCCCAUUGUUAUGUUUCAGAAGAAGACAUAUCUCGUAGUGAUGCCAAUCCUCUGCUUCGUCAUCCCGGCGUGGAUCCCCGUCCACUUCUGGGACGAGAACCCCUGGACCUCAUGGUAUACCGCAGCCAUCACCAGAUACACAGUAGCCCUUCACUUUACUUGGCUCGUGAACUCAGCAGCGCACAUUUGGGGCAACAGGCCCUACGAUAAAAACAUAGGCGCUACUGACAACAAGAUGGUGGCGAUCUGUGCGUUUGGUGAAGGUUGGCACAACUACCACCACGUCUUCCCAUGGGACUACAAAGCAGCUGAACUCGGAGACUACAGCACAAACUUAUCUACUGCCCUAAUUGACUUCGCUGCUAAGCACGGUUACGCGUAUGACUUGAAAACGGUGUCAGCCGAUAUGAUCAGAAAGAGAGUCAACAGGACCGGAGACGGCUCCCACCCAUGGACAAAGGGAAAAGUAGAGGGUGACCACUAUCACCCAGAGAACCCAGUGUGGGGCUGGGAAGACACGGACAUGACCGAAGAAGAGAAACAAUUUGCAGAAAUCGUUCACAGAAAAACUGAAUAGGUUCCUCUAGUAAUGGAAUUUGUUUUAAUUUUUCUCCUCUACGAAAUGAAUGUCCUAUAACUUUCCUGAUGAUCGAAUGUUAAUGUUUUAAUAAGGACAUUUUAAACAAAAUUCAAACUUUACUUUAACUGAAAUUGCUCAACUUUUAGAUAAGUAUAAGACUGUGUUGCUCGUACAUGGAUCCAAUGAAAGAGUUAAACAAAAUAAGUUCCGAUUAUUGUAAAUAACAAAUUGUUGAUACAAAACUACUUUAAAUAUUAAGUACGCACAUAUCAAUAUUUACAACUUCUCAGAUUUUGUUGUGACGAUGCGACAUGUCCCUAGCAGAAUUACAUUCUCUCUCACCUUGUAUAUUAGUAAAAGAAGGAAGUUAGGCCUAUGCGGCUUGUGGUAGUUUAUUUAAGGUAAAUAAUAAACACGAGAGAUUUGUGGGUAGGUAUUAUUCAUAAGUGACUGAAUCUACUUAUGUAUCUAAUACUAUGUUAGUAUAUAGUAUAUUUCGUACACUUUGUAUGUGAUAUUUGUUCUGUUUUGUGGUGACUGUUAAAGAUAUUUAUUAUUUAAUUUAUUCCUUUAUUAAGAGCCUGGAUAGCGUCAUUUUUUAGUAGUUAAGUAAGUUCAAAGUGAAAUAGUUUUACAAACUUUUUUAAACGACGUUUAUUUUUAGAUUUGUCAGGCUCUUAGUGAAACUUUACACAAACUUGAUUAAGUUUUAAUUUAUUUUGUAGCAAAACAUGCGGAUUGCGACAUUGCUUUAAGUAAGGGUAAAUACGCCUGCACUCCGCACUCUCGAAUGGUAACUUAAUGGAAGUAAAUGGGUGCGGGCAUUAAGUACAUAAUAUUAAUGUAAAAACUUUAAUAUUCUAAUAAAUCGUAAAACGUC